CAUCGAAAAGCAGACCAUUCCUUUCUCGCAGCCUUUGUAGACUGCCUGGUCUAGUAUCACUUCAUCAAUACUUCCCACAUCCUUAUACCAUCAAGCAGGACCACAAGAUGUUUGGCAGUUUCCCAACCUCGCUAGCCAUUCUCGGCCUCGCAGUCGUCCUUGGAAAUGCCCUUCCCGGGAAAGAAGAAGACCUAAUCAACCUUGGUCUUCCCGAAGGCAUGAGCGUCGAGGACUAUCUGAACGCCAAGCGCGAAAUCAGCAAACGAUUCGACCAGAAUGCCUUUAAAGAUGCCAUUCCAGGCUGCCGUAGCGAGGACGAUCCAUCCUACGCUACCGGGCCAUCCAAGUUCAAGGACGGCGAGGGUGUUGCUGUGGGCAGCCAUUGUGACAACGGCCUGUACACACCUGCUGUCAAUCGCUUCCACUGCUGGACUGACGUAUAUCUUGUCAACUACCAAGUCGAGUAUCAAGACUGGCUGAACACAGGCCUCGUUAUCGACUGUGCAACAACAUCUUCUUGCAAUCAGCAAGUUAUCAAUAUGAACCAAUCAUGCACUACAAACACAGCCUCCUGGGACAACGCCAUCCAGACCCAGAUUGAGGGCAAGAUCACAUUGAUCAAGGACAAAGUCGACGCCGGCGCGUCUGUCAGCUACACGCACAACUUCGGCGGCAGCCAGGCCUUCAGCACCUGCAGCACCGUCUCGAAUACUGGAACCUGUACUUGGGAAGAUAAAGGAUGUCACGCCAUCUGGAAAGCGAAGCGCAACAAGCGCAUCUUCGGUUACAUGCGUCGCUCAUGCAACACACCGCGUGAUGGAACCAACAUGCCGAACACAGAGAAGCGCGAGGAUGGGUAUUACACGGUGGGCAUGCUCGACUUCAGCGUUGUGGUGCCUGAUAAUCAGAUCAUUGGGUGUGCGGCCAAGUGUUCGGACUUAAAGUACCCUGACGAAGCCCCUGGCGGUCUUGGAGAGCUAAUUCCAGUGCCUGCGGGUAUAUAGACGAUGGAUAGUAUGGACGAUUUGGUUUAGCGGUAUAGAUGCCGUUUGUGGUGCUGGCCAAGGACUGGCUGUUUCGGUUGGCGUAGUCGUAUUCUGUAAUCAUAUUGUCAGAGUAUCUCGCUAGGUUCAUGUCCAAAUCAUUGAUUCGGAUAUAUCAGUACAAUGAUAUAGAUCUCCCCAAAUGAG